AUGAGCGCUGCCACCCACUCGCCCAUGGUGCAGAUGGCGUCCGGCAACGGCGCCGAAGAUCGCGACCCCCUUCCCCCCGGCUGGGAGAUCAAGAUCGACCCGCAGACCGGCUGGCCCUUCUUCGUGGACCACAACAGCCGUACCACGACGUGGAACGACCCACGCGUGACCCCCGAAGGCCCCAAGGAAGCACCAUCGUCUGCAAAUGGCCCCUCCCGGGAAGGCGCCAGGCUGCUGCCCGUUAGAGAAGGCCACGCUGUGUACCCCCAGCUCCGACCCGGCUACAUCCCCAUUCCUGUCCUCCACGAGGGCAUGGAGAACCGGCACCCUUUCUACGCCUCUGCCCAGCCCGGGAUCCAACGAUUCCGAACAGAGGCUUCAGCGGCAGCUCCUCAACAAUCCCAGUCACCUCUGCGGGGUGGAGUGGAGCCCACCCAGGCAGCGGCUGCAGCAGCAGCAACAGCAGCCCAGCCCCUCGCCGCCCACAGACCUGAGCGAUCCCAGUCUCCAGCUGCCUCGGACUGCUCGUCCUCAUCAUCCUCAGCCAGCUUGCCCUCCUCCGGCAGGGGCAGCCUGGGCAGUCACCCGCUGCCCCGGGGCUACAUCCCCAUCCCUGUGAUCCACGAACAGAACAUUGGCCGGCCCGCAGCCCAGCCCUCUGUCCACCAAGUCCAGAAGACCCACUACCCGGCUCAGCAGGGUGAAUACCAGACCCACCAGCCCGUGUAUCACAAGAUCCAGGGGGACGACUGGGAGCCCCGGCCCCUGCGGGCAGUGUCCCCGUUCAGAUCGCCUGCCCGGAGUGUGUCCAGCCGCGAGGGCUCACCAGCCAGGAGCAGCACGCCUGUGCACUCACCUUCACCAGGCCGUGUGCGCCCUGUCAUCGACAGGCCCCAGCAGCCAGUGGCCCAUCAAGAACCUUCUUCACCUGUCCCCCAACCUGAAAACAAACCUGAAAGUAAGCCAGGCCCCGCUGGACCAGAUAUGCCUCCUGGACACAUCCCAAUUCAAGUGAUCCUCAAAGAUGCAGAUUCUAAGCCCGUUCCUCAGAAGGUCCCCCCAGCCUCUGAGAAGGUGGAAGUCAGGGUUCCCUCUGUACCAGCCUCUUGUCCUCCUCCUAGCCCCAGUCCUUCUGCUGUCCCCUCAGCCCCUAAGAAUAUGGCUGCAGAAGAGAGGGCAGCCCCCAGCCCUGUUCCUACAGAAGCCGUACCCCCGAAGGCAGCUGACGCUGAAGCCCCCCCCAAACAUCCAGGUGUGCUGAAAGUAGACGCCAUCCUGGAGAAGGUGCAAGGGCUGGAGCAAGCUGUCGACAACUUCGAAGGCAAGAAGACCGACAAAAAGUACCUGAUGAUAGAAGAGUAUUUGACCAAAGAGCUCCUGGCCCUAGACUCGGUGGACCCGGAAGGACGAGCAGAUGUACGUCAGGCCAGGAGAGAUGGCGUCAGAAAGGUUCAGACCAUCUUGGAAAAACUUGAACAGAAAGCCAUAGAUGUCCCCGGUCAAGUGCAGGUUUAUGAACUCCAGCCCAGCUCCCUGGAAACCGAGCAGCCUCUGCAGGAAAUCAUGGCCAUGGGCGCCACAGCAGCAGACAAGACUAAGAAAAGCACCGGAAAUGGAGACGAUCCCCAAACAGAAACACAGCAGCCAGAGGCCGCCGCAGCUCCAAACCCUGCCAGCACGACAGACACGGCUGGAAGCCCAGCAGCACCGUAG